GAACACCGGACGGGUGCAGCCUUUCUUCUUUUCCAGGAGAAACAACUCGGUCGUAGGGACGCAACUCGCUGGUUGGGUCACCCGCCCCCUCUAUCCUCUUCCACUCCCUUCACGAAGGCAGUCACCUUAAUAGCGACAGGUCAGUCCUCAACUGGCAACAGAUCCCGCAGCACAACGGUUUUCUCGUUCUCUUCUCGUGAGUGGCCAGCGAGGUGUAGAUAGUCCCUCCGCUUGUCAAGCGCUCGACGUGUCGCCACGGACACAGUUUCUUACCAGAUGAUAGAUAGACUCACACCUGUAACAUCAGACUUCUCUCUGUUGAAAGUAAACAGCCCACACCUGUCGUGUUGAUCAAAGGACGCCAUCUACAGGAACAACGGUGUCAACUUAUUGUUUUCAGUUUGGUUCUAAACCAAAGCUCAAAUACCGCAACAGGGGAGGUGACGUCCAGCCAUGGCGUCCCUGUGGUCGAAAAGUUCUUACGACAUGAAACCAGUGGCCGAGGUGAACGGCUCCACGGUUCAUCAGACUGAACAGGCGCAAGGUCAGCAAGAUCGCGAUGACGAACGAACAGAGGAAGACGGCUCCGAAAGAGGUCAAUGGGGUCACAAGGCAGAGUUCAUUCUGUCCUGCAUCGGCUUGUCUGUUGGCCUGGGCAACGUGUGGAGAUUUCCUUACCUGGCUUAUGCCAAUGGUGGAGCUGCCUUCCUCAUCGCCUACCUGAUCCUGCAGCUGCUGGUGGGCAAGCCCCUGUACUUCAUGGAGCUUGUCAUGGGCCAGUUCUCUGCCAAAGGACCCACCAAGGUGUGGGAGAUGAACCCUGCGGCAAAAGGGAUAGGAAUCUCCAUGUGCAUGAUAUCCCUGAUUGUGGCCAUCUACUACAACAUCAUCAUGGCCUAUACUCUCUACUUCUUCUUCUCCUCUAUGCAGACCACCUUACCAUGGACCGAAUGCAAGCCCGAGUGGGGCGACUGCAUCGCCAAGCGCACAGGACCGCCGCCUCUCCCGUGCACAGUCAACACCACCUACAUGAUGGAACUGGGCAGGUGUGAGUGUGUGGGCAACGACACCAUCGACGACCCACUAAUGUUAGGCUUCAACUGCACCCACAAACAGAAGACAGCUACCGAGCUCUACUUCUAUAAAGAAGUGAUACAAGUAUCUCCAGGUAUCUACCCUGAUGAGAUGGGGGCACCUCUGUGGAAGCUGACACUUUGUCUCCUGCUGUCGUGGAUAGUCGUAGUGCUGUGCCUCAUUAAGGGUAUCAAGUCCUCAGGAAAGGUGGUUUACUUUACGGCGACCUUUCCAUACGUGGUACUGCUGAUCCUCCUGGUGCGGGGGGCUCUGCUGGACGGUGCCAGAGGUGUGAAGUUCUUCAUCAUCCCCACGUGGGAGUCCUUAUUAGAGGUCAAGGUGUGGGUGGCAGCGGCUGGUCAGAUGUUCUUCUCUCUCAGUGUUUCGUUCGGGGGGAUCAUCAUGUUCGGCAGCUACAACAAGUUCAACAACAACGUCCACGGGGACGCCUUGUUGAUCAGCGCGAUGGACCUCGUCACAAGUGUCAUCGCGGGCUUUGUCGUCUUCACCACCUUCGGCGGUAUGGCCACGACCAUCGGCACCACUGUAGACAAGGUGGCUAAGGCAGGAUAUGGUCUGGCUUUUGUGGCAUACCCAGAGGCUCUGUCCAACCUACCCGUUCCACAACUGUGGUCCGUCAUCUUCUUCUUCAUGUUGUUCACGCUGGGGCUGGACAGCGAGUUCGGAAUGAUGGAGACCAUCCUGACGUGCCUGCAUGACGAGUUCCCCAAGUUGAGGAAGUGGAAGAGCCAACUGGUCAUAGGACUCAGCAUCGCCUGCUACCUCAUGGCCUUGCCCUGCACGUGCCCGGGCGGCGACUACGUCGUGACGUUGAUGGACCACUACGGCGCCGACUUCGCGGUGCUCUUCCUGUCUUGCUUUGAAGUCAUUUCUGUCAUGUGGGUGUACGGUGUCAUGCGGUUCUUGAGAGACGUGGAGUACAUGUUGGGACACCGUCCUCACCUGUGGCCCUACUGGGUCUUCUGCUGGGUUUUCGCCGCUCCGGUGAUCAUUGCGCUCUUGUUUAGCUACCGGAUGGCCACCUACGACCCCCCACAUAUAGACCCCAACACGCCCUUUCCGGACUUCGCUCAAGCCAUCGGUUGGGUGCUGCUGUCAGUUGUACUGUGUCCUAUACCGCUGUGGUUCGCCUACCAUGCUAUCAAAACAUUUAUGAACAACAAACAUCUAAGUCAGUCUGAGAUAAUUAGAAAGAUAUUCGCACCAACUGACAAAUGGAUACCUGCCGAUGGUAACAAAGACUAUUACCUGUCGCCAUCAGAUUAUCCUAUGGAUAACAAGUUUGGUAUAGACAAUCCAGCCGCCUCCUACGAUGACAAGCCAUGACCUUUAGGAAGCUGUGAUGCGCCAUCUUGUAAAUUUACUUUGGAGAAAUGACUGUUAGAAAUCGACAAAGGAUUUAUGAAACUUCUUACUUCACUUGUUUGAUCACAAAUGUGUCAAUGAUAGUCUUGUGAUUCAAAACUUUCCUUCAAAACUGGUCUUGUGAGAAUCUGCGAACAAUAUUUUUUGAGACUUCUGAAAAAGAUUGUGGAAGGACAUAACCAGAUGCUGCUCUAAUUAAGCUUACAUUCUUUUUUUGCUGUUUAGGAUGCUCGAAUGGCUAGAGGUGAUGGACUUUGUGCCUGCUAUUCUGACCAGAGUGUAAAAGAGUGUAAAUUUUAGUGGUGCAGAAUAUCUUUUUGUAACAAGCACAGUUAUUGUGAUUUUCCAAUCUUUUGUUGGCAAGUGGACUGAUACGCAUUGCCUAAGUUCAAAGGUUUCAAUGGUACAGCUGUUGCAAGAUAUUUUUUAAGGACAUUUGUAUCAAAACACAAUGUUUGGAUGUCAAGUCUGUGGCCGGAACAAACUGCUUCUGUUCCUGAAGGAAAGUCAGGGUUGUACAGUAUCGUCGCUUCAACGAGAGCUUACCAGCAGCAAUGGCUGCGACAGUGUUUGUGGAGAUGGAGAAAUAUAUUUCCAUGGAGACCUCAACGAAUGCACAAAUAUGCAUCUAAACAGGAAAGGGUGGCAACGCUCGCAAAGUUUAUUGUCAGAGAAUCAGAGUCGUUGAUUUGAGACUCGUUAACAAUGUGUAUCUAAUUAUAAAUACUUAUUUAAUUUUUUUUAAAUGACAUAAGAAAAUUGUAAUGGCUAAAGUAGCCUGCUAAAUAUUAAUUUGCAUAAUUGACUAGUCACAGAAAUAUAUCACUACAAAAGCAAUGUUAAAUCAUUCCUUACAACCUUGCUGCUUCACUUUACAACUCACGUUCACAUUUUAGGGGGAAAUCGCUCAGGAUAUAUCAAGCAAGCAGAAUAAUAUUUUUUAAUAUAAUCUGAUGAAUUUCUUUAGAGAACUUUUAAAUUGAUUCACGAUUCGUCAUUUUUAUUAAUUGGUCAAUUUUGGUUGCAGAAAACUGUUUUUUUUUAAAUCAAGAAUGAACGGGGUCAGAACAAAUAUGACCAAGUUUUACUCGGCACCAAAGAAAUGGAAACUGAACUUUUAUUGUAGUGUGGAGAUCGACUGUGACACUUUUAUUACAAGAGAACACAGUAGCCAGAGAAAAAAAAUACUUUCUCCGUCUUUUCUUAGGUUGGGCAGCUUGUGACUGCAUGAUCACGUGGUCUAUCCGCCUCAGUGUGCAAAUGUGAUGGUCUUUAAUUAUGAACAUGGUUUUUUAGGAUGGGCCAAACCUACAAAUAAAACCAAAACAAAUGUCGUCGGUACAAAACAGUUGAAGAUCCGGGAUUUUGCUCGCUUAACAUAUGACAAAGAACUGUUAUAGUUACCUUUGUAGAUGUGGGUUCUCCCAGAGAUUCAGUACACCUACCUCUUUAAAUUUCAGUUAGUCGGUCUGUAACUGCCAGAUUUUUACCAUCAAAAUAAUUUUUAAACAAGCAUCAUAGGAGUCCUUUUUAUAUCAGUUUAUCAUUUGCCAUACUAACAUGUUUUACAUGAAAUUACUUACAUGUUUUCUGAUUUGUGUGCACCGUGGCAAAGGCCAAGGGAAUGUUUUAAAACAUUAAUACUUAAAUGGUAUGGUAAAAAAAAAUGUCAUAAACACAGUACCUCGUACAUCGCCAUUCAAACUCUUUACAAAUAUAGACACAACAAAGAUACUUUUCUGUAAACACGAGCUAAAUCACUAACAAUAAAUGACUGUACAUUUAUUCUGCACAAUCCACAGCAAUAUGAGUCUAUAGGCCAUUUUUGUAGGCUUUUAAGCUCAUUUAACCAGAAUGUCUUUCUAAUGGAAUGUUUUUGUAUAUUAUCAUCACAUCAUCUCUAUCAUCCAUACUGACAACUUCUUAUCACUACUGUUAUUGUUGCACAUGUCCGUUUAUGUCGUUCUGACUGGAUGUCUCAAACCUGAACAUUGUCACAGAUGAGAAAUAAUAAUAGUUUGACUUACAGUGUACCUGAUGAUCAUCUUUGAGAAAAGUAAGUGAAAAAUAGACAUAGAAGGGAUCAUUAGUGAUUCUCAAAACAAUAAAAUGCAAAUUAAUAUCGCUUAUGUGUAGAAACGGACACACAUGUUUAAAUGUGAUUAAAAGUAAAAUAAAACAUAAUUUAGAGUCAAAUAGGGUUGUAUCGGGAAUUUUCAGCCACCAAGGUGGUAGUUGUGGGAAUGAUGAUAUUAAUAUCAUACCAAAAAGCUGGGAGGGGUGAAGUAAAUUUUGAAACUAAGUUUCUGCUUUUUUGAUAACCUUUUGUUGGUUCUUAAACCAGACUUUUUCAAUCCAGGUAACUUCACACACCUCAUCUUGCUCGACUUUCUAUCACUUUAAGACUCCAUCUUAGAAUAACGAUCUUACAUCAAAAUGAUGGUUGUAUUCAUGUAUUGAUUUAUUUUUGCAUUUUAUUAUAUUUUGUACGUAAUACCGAAAAAAAUUUUUUAAAAACUCUUUGUAAAAAA